AUGGCGGCUACCGUGUUCGUGCUGCUCGCCGCCUUCUUCAUCCUCUUCGGGCUUCUUGGCCUCCUCAUCUACCAGGUAAUCCCCUGAAAGCCCCCCAUCAUUUUUGCCUUGUGUUCCUGCGUCCCCCAUCGGCUCAGGUUCCUCGGUUUUUGCUCAUCUUGCUCGUGCUCAUGUGAAAUGACUGUCAGCUUAACAAAGGCUAUAUCACCGGGCGCUGAUCAGAUUUCGACCCUCGGCGGAAAUGGCGAGAAACUCUUCGUCACCAUAAUCAGAGCUCACCAUGAUCAUUGCAAACUGUUCUUCUCGUGCUGUCAGUGUUGAUUAGAAAAAUUCGUCGGAGUUCACAUCCCAGUUUCUAGUUAGGUGUCCCUGACAGGAAGCAGGAAGCUUGAGGAGAUAAUAACACUGAUGGAAUGAGAAGCUUUUAUGGGGCAUCUUGCUGCCAAGAACAACAUAUGAACGCGUGUAUUAAUUGCGACAAAGAGAUCCAAGUGCUAUGUGCAUGCCGGGCUAUGAAGAAAUCAUUGUAGGCUUUCCCCUGCUUGAUUCAGUAAAUAUUUGCCUUAUAGGUUUUCUGGAAUAGGCACUUUAUUGCUGCGUUGAAAAUAAGUAUUUUGGUAGUGAUGUUGACCCGUGACCGAGUUUGAACAGCACAUCAGGCGUUUUGAUACCCUUGUAAUUCAUUGCCAAAAAAGUUUUUUUUUUACGAAAAUUAGACAGAUUGAUAAUCUGGUUUUUAUAUGAUCAUACAAAUAAGCGAGCAGUUGACUCAUAGCUUGUGGAUCAUAUUAGUAAGGUGGCUGGCUAUAAGGAGAACUGGUGAUAAACAGUCGGACAGCAAAAUUCCCUUUGACUGAUUUCUUGGAAGAUUCACUUCUUCUGAUUCACCUUUGGGAUGUGUUUGUUUCUAAUUAGGGUAUCUUCAGAAGAAAUCAUGGUAGGUUACGGCUUGAUUUCUUUUCUAAGCACUUGGAUUAUACCUUUGACAUUAAUACCCAUUUCACUGUUGCUAUGAAAAUAAGCCUUCCAUUGUGAUUUGGAGGGCUGGUCUCCUGUUUUCUUUUUUUUCUUUUUUUUUGAAAAACCGAACCAAGAAAACCAGAUCUUACAGUUUUUUUUUCAUAUGAUUCAUCCCAAGAACUUAAAAAAAAAAGGAAUUAUAAUCGAUGAUGAGCCUGGAAUUAUAUUCGGAUUCCUGUGGAUUGUUAAUCAUGGAAAGGGAUUCCAUAAAGAGAAAAUAAAGAACUGCUAAUUAAAUGAGUGGAUUACUUUCUUGGAGGCAUGCGUUUUCUUGAUAAGUCCCCCUACUGGUCAUCUAGCUGCUGUUGCUUGGUGGUGAAUAUGAUGCCCAAAAUAGUUAUUUAUUUUUUUCAUCUGCAUCAUAAGUGUCCGUAUAGUAUUAUGCGUGAUAAAUAUCAUCUGGAUAAGCAGUGGGUACUUGGUUUGAUACUUGAUUAUGUCUGAAAAUUGGGCAGAGCAGAACAUAAAACUAUGCAUUGAACUGUUGACUGGUGAUUCGUAUAUCAUGGGAUCUGAGUAAUAUUCUCUAUAUGGGACUGCAAAACUCCCUUUGAGUAGCUUCUGUGAUGCUUGAUCAGGAGAUGGGUUCUAUUUUUCUGCUAUCAAUCCGAUUAUUGCUUAAGUGGUACCUUUCCCCUAUGUUUAUCAUGCCUUUGGUACAUUAUUUCACAGAAUCAUGGUAUAAUAUUUUUAAACUUUGGGUUAUAUUUAUUGCCAAUUUCAUAAUUUGUGGCGCACAACGCUCUGCUGCAGCUCAUGUGCCUCUCUGACCUGGAGCUGGACUACGUCAAUCCCUAUGAUUCAGCCUCGAGGAUCAACGCUGUGGUCGUACCGGAGUUUGCGCUCCACGGGUUCCUGAGCCUGAUCUUCCUCUUCAGCGGGCAUUGGCUGAUGUUCCUCUUCUGCGUGCCCAUCCUCUGCUAUAACGUGAGACUGUGAGUCUCUCUCUCUCUCUCUCUCUCUCUCUCUCUCUCUCUCUGAUGUUCUGCUAAAAGCGCGGUAAGCCAACUCCUAUCCUUCUUGCUAACAGUUGUACCUUCUUCGUUCUUCAGGUAUCAUCAGAAGCAGCACCUGGUGGACGUGACCGAGAUAUUCAGUCAACUCGGCAGGGAAAAAAUGCGGCGGCUGAUCAAGCUCGCCGGCUUUAUAAUCCUCCUAUUUCUAUCCUUGUUCUGGUACCGACACGCAGCCGAUUCUGGCGUCCCCGCUAUUCGGUCAAACCGCAUUUUACUGAUAAGUCACGCGUCAUGGCAGGCUGAUCUGGACCGUACUGGAGGAGGAUUAG